AUGUCUGCUACUCAGCUACUCAAUCCAAAGGCAGAGUCUCGGCGGAGAGGUGAGGCUCUGAAGGUCAACAUCAGCGCCGGAGAGGGUCUCCAGGAUGUCCUGAAGUCCAAUUUGGGUCCCUCAGGUACCUUGAAGAUGCUUGUGGACGGUGCAGGCGGAAUCAAAUUGACCAAGGAUGGAAAUGUUUUGCUCCGAGAAAUGCAAAUUCAAAACCCCACAGCCGUUAUGAUUGCUCGCGCCGCAACUGCUCAAGAUGAUAUUACCGGUGAUGGAACAACCUCCGUUGUGCUUUUAGUGGGAGAGCUCCUGAAGCAGGCCAACCGUCAUAUCUCUGAGGGACUUCACCCUCGAGUUAUUACCGAUGGUUACGAAAUCGCGAAGGAUGAGUCACUGAAGCAUUGGCAGUUUCUCGAUAAUUUCAAGCGAACGCAGACAAUUGACCGCGAGCUGCUCCUCUCUGUCGCCCGUACUUCCCUCACCACUAAGCUUAACAGUGCCCUCGCUGAGAAGCUCACCCCCGAUAUUGUCGAUGCCGUGCUCGCUAUUCACCAUUCCCCCGACGAGAAGCCUGACUUGCACAUGAUCGAGAUUAUGACAAUGCAGCACCGUACAUCAUCCGACACUCAGCUUAUCCGUGGCCUUGCUUUGGAUCACGGUGCUAGACACCCUGACAUGCCCAAGCGGGUAGAGAAUGCCUUUAUCCUCACCCUGAAUGUCAGCUUGGAAUAUGAAAAGUCUGAGAUCAACUCCGGAUUCUACUAUUCCACCGCUGAACAGAGAGACAAGUUGGUAGAGAGCGAGCGCAAAUUUGUUGACGCGAAGUUGCAGAAGAUUGUGGAGCUCAAGAAGCUGGUUUGCGGUAACGACCCAAAGAAGGGAUUUGUUAUUAUUAACCAGAAGGGCAUUGAUCCUCUCAGCUUGGAUGUGCUUGUCAAGAACGGAAUCAUGGCCCUCCGACGUGCUAAGCGCAGAAACAUGGAGCGUUUGCAGUUGGUGUGCGGCGGAAUUGCCCAGAACAGUGUGGAAGAGAUGACCCCCGAUGUUCUUGGAUGGGCCGGUCUGGUCUACGAGCAUCAGCUUGGCGAGGAGAAGUUCACCUUUGUCGAGGAGGUGAAGGACCCCAAGUCUGUCACAAUCCUGAUCAAGGGUCCCAACCAGCAUACCAUUGCUCAAGUCAAGGAUGCUGUUCGUGACGGUCUCCGGUCUGUUUACAACACCAUCGUCGACAAGUGUGUCGUUCCAGGUGCUGGAGCUUUCCAGGUCGCAUGUGCUGAGCAUCUUCGAUCCGAGAGCUUCAAGAAGACCGUCAAGGGCAAGGCCAAGUGGGGUGUCGAAGCUUUUGCCGAUGCUCUCAUGAUUAUUCCUAAGACUCUUGCUGCCAACUCCGGCCACGAUAUCCAGGAUUCUUUGGCUGCUCUUGUCGAUGAGUGCAGUAACGGCAACCUUGUUGGCUUGGACUUGAACACCGGUGAAGCAAUGGACCCAAUCCAGGAGGGUGUGUUUGAUUCUUACCGUGUCUUGCGUAACAGCAUCGCCUCCAGCACUGGCAUUGCAUCGAAUCUGCUUCUUUGUGACGAGUUGUUGAAGGCCCGGCAAAUGAGCAAGGCUUCUGGGCCUGGCCCGGAAGAGUAA